AUGCACUGCAGUGAUGGAUCUAGGGAGCUAGUGCAGAUCGUCUCAUCUUCUGUUAUUUUCUGUAAUAAUGUCCUCAUAUUCUCCCACUUUGAGCAGGUGUUGGAGUGCUUUACGGUGGAGUCAGACAGUCCACCCAGCAGUCCCACUAUACUGGCCAAGAGUCCCGCCGGCAAUGAGGACUCCAUCUCUCUACAUAGUUCCUCAGAUCCAGAUGAGCCAAUUCAUAUCAUCAACGUAGGAAUUAAAUUCAGCAAAAAGGAGAAGUACGAUGACAAUGCCCUCGCUGUCAAGUUCCAGGAUUUUUGUAAAGAGAGGGAGCAGUAUUUGUGUGAGAAGGCCAUCAGAAGAAUCACAUUCCUUGUGUACUGUAGGAGAAGUUCACCAAAAUAUUUCACAUACCGUGCCAAAUUUGAUUUUGGAGAGGACAGAAUUUACAGACAUUUAGAGCCAGCCCUGGCCUUCCAGCUGGAGAUCAACAGACUGAGGAACUUUGACCUGGAGGCCAUUCAGACCAACAACUACAAGAUGCAUCUAUACCUGGGAAAAGCUAAGGUGGCAGCAGGACAGGAAGUGACGGAUUACAGAUUCUUUGUUAGGGUCAUCAUCAGGCACUCUGACCUUGUCACCAAGGAGGCGUCUUUUGAGUACCUACAAAAUGAAGCAGAGAGAACCCUCCUGGAGGCUUUGGAUUCAUUAGAAGUGGCAUUCUCACAUCCACUGUCCAAGAAGACUGACUGUAAUCAUAUAUUCUUGAACUUUGCACCAACUCUGACCAUUCCAGAACCAGGCAAGCUGGAGGAGACAGUCAGAGCCAUGGUGAUGAGAUACGGCAGUCGUCUCAUGAAGAUGCGUGUUCUCAAUGCCGAGCUCAAAUUCACAAUCAAGUUUGCAUCCAGUGAUACAAGCAUUCCUAUUCGUUUAUACCUGACCAAUGAGAGUGGAUAUUACUUGGACAUGAGCAUGUAUAGGGAGGUCACAGAUCCCAACAUGGGACAAGUGAUGUUUGAAGCCUAUGGAACAAAACAAGGGGCCCUUCAUGGUCUGCUCAUUAGCACCCCCUACCCUACAAAGGACCAUCUACAGCUGAAGAGAUUCCAGGCCCAGUCAAGUGGAACAACUUAUGUCUAUGAUUUUCCAGGAAUGUUCACUCAGGCUUUACAGAAGUUUUGGAAGGAUCACAGGGAGGAGAACAAGAUUCCAGCUGAUGCCUUCAGUUGUAUAGAGCUGGUCCUGGAUAAAGACAACAACCUGUGUAAACAGAACAGACUGCCAGGGGAAAACGAGAUUGGAAUGGUAGCCUGGCAGAUGUCCUUGAAGACUCCAGAAUGUCCUGAAGGUCGUGACAUCAUUGUUAUAUCUAAUGACAUCACAUACAAGAUUGGUUCAUUUGGACCUGUGGAGGACCUUUUGUUUAAGAAAGCCUCAGAGAAAGCCAGGCGAGAAGGCCUUCCCCGAAUCUUUAUCUCGGCUAACAGUGGAGCCAGGAUAGGGCUGGCUGAGGAGAUCAAACACCUGUUUAAGGUGGCCUGGAAUGACCCUAAAGAUAUAGAAAAGGGAUUUAAAUACCUGUACCUCACCCCUGUAGAUUUUAAGAAAGUUAGUGCCAUGAAUUCCAUCCAUGCUGAACUUAUAGAAGAUGAGGGAGAACCCAGAUAUAAAAUUAUUGAUGUCAUAGGUAGAGAGGAAGGACUGGGGGUAGAGAAUUUAAGAGGCUCAGGAAUGAUUGCCGGGGAGUCAUCUAUAGCUUACAAUGAUAUAAUUACAAUCAAUUUGGUUACCUGUCGAGCUAUAGGUAUAGGUGCCUAUCUGGUUUGUUACCUGUACAAUAAUAUGCCUAUUGUUUGUUUAGCUUACAGAGAUUCUAUAAAGAAUUCCUGGCAGAAAGGUUUCUUUGAUCACAAGUCUUUCCAUGAAAUCCUACAGCCUUGGGCACAAACAGUGGUCACAGGUCGUGCGAGGUUGGGAGGGAUCCCUGUGGGGGUGAUUUGUGUAGAGACCAGAACAGUAGAAAUGACCAUACCAGCUGACCCCGCCAAUCUGGACUCGGAGACCAAGGUGAUACAACAAGCAGGUCAGGUAUGGUUCCCAGACUCGGCCUAUAAGACAGCUCAGGCCAUUAAGGACUUCAACAGAGAGGACCUACCUCUCAUGGUGUUUGCAAACUGGAGAGGAUUCUCAGGCGGAAUGAAAGAUAUGCAUGACCAGGUAUUGAAGUUUGGCUCCUACAUUGUGGAUGCCCUGACAGAAUAUAAUCAACCCAUUAUGAUUUACAUCCCCCCGUAUGCUGAGCUGAGGGGUGGAGCAUGGGUAGUGGUGGAUCCAACUAUUAACCCCACCCACAUGGAAAUGUAUGCUGAUGAACUCAGCAGGGGAGGUGUCCUUGAGCCAGAGGGAACAGUAGAAAUCAAAUUCAGGAGGAAGGACCUGGAGAAGACGAUACAGAGACUGGAUCAGACGUGUCGUCAGAUCGUGGAGAAACUGACCAGUCCACAGCUGAAUCCGGACGAGAAGGAAGAGCUCCAGAAACAGCUGGCAGCUCGCCAGGAAAAGUUACUCCCCAUGUACCACCAGGUGGCGAUACAGUUCGCUGACCUCCAUGACACUCCCGGGAGAAUGGAGGAAAUGGGGGUUAUUACUGACAUACUUAAAUGGCAGAAGAGCCGUGAGUUUUUCUACUGGCACCUGAAACGACGGUUGUUAGAGAGGCAGCUUAAGAAGAAGAUGAAGCAGUUCACACAGAACGUCGGGGAGGGGGAACUCAACUCUAUGUUACAUCGCUGGUUUGUGGAGGACAGGGGCACUGUCAAUGCCUAUCUGUGGGAGGAUGACAAAGCUAUGGUGGAGUGGUUGACAGAACAGAUCAGAGAAGACAGUAUAGACAACGCUGUAUCAGACAACAUCAGGUGUCUACAGAGGGAGCACGUCCUACAACAAGUCAGGAGCUUGAUACAAAACAAUCCAGAGGUUGCCAUGGAUUCCAUCGUCCACAUCACACAACACAUGACCUCAAGUCAAAGGUCAGAGGUCUCCAGAAUUCUGGCCAACAUGGACACGUGGCCAGAAUGGACAAUUAGAAUCCACUGUGACAGUAUUUACAAACAUAUCUAUUUAACAUAUCAUAUGAAAUCAUAUAUUAGCUCAACUGGUUAA